AUGUCUCGCCCCACUACUGCCCGUCCCCAGAAUGCUGCCUCAUCGCGUGGCCCCGAAGGUAGCUUCAUCAUUGCCGUGCUCGAGGGACGCGGCGUCGGGAGGGAGGUUGGAAUGGCGGCUCUCGACAAAGACACCGGACGUGUCGCUUUGAUCCAGCUUGCGGACUGUCCGACAUACGUGAAGACGCUGCAUCAAAUGCAUAUACACAGCCCCGCCAUGAUCCUUGUUCCCGACACUUUCUUUUCUCCCACCGAUAUAUCGAUGCCGGCUGGCGGCAAUAAGUCUCACUCGACUUCGUUGCUCGUACAGUGCAUCACGGACGAAUUCGAAGGUGUUCCCAUCGAACCCGUCAUGCGGCGGUACUGGAAUGAGAACGCAGGGCUUGAAUUCCUGAACCAGCUCACCAUAGACGACGACGAGCGCGCAGCUACACUCGUUGCUGUGUCCAACAAGUAUUACGCCCUCUCCGCUGCGAGUGCCCUCUUCAAGCACACCGAGCUCAGGCUCAACACCCGAUAUGUAGCCAACUCUCUGCUUAUUCGGUACACCCAGGUCGAAGGCACGAUGCUGAUUGACUCUGGCACGGCCCGUAACUUGGAGCUGGUGGGGAAUAUGUCCACGCGGAAAAGUGCACACUCUUUGUUUGGUCUACUCAAUCAUACGUUCACCCCCAUGGGUGCUCGCCUUUUGCGAGUGAAUAUCUUAGCACCUAUCACAGUGAAAUCAGCUCUCGAAGCUCGCCUUGAUGUGGUGGAGGAACUCAUUCAGACCGAAGAUCGUUUCAACGAAGUGAAGAACGCGAUGAAGCCUCUCAGCAAGCUCGACCUGGACAAGCUCAUCAGCUCGCUCGCUUCCUCAGAAGUGCGCGAAACAAGCAGCGCGAAAUCUGCCUCCGCGCGCGUCGCUCAGAUGUUGAACUUGCGGAGCAUAGUACAGAGCCUCCCUCGGCUUGCCAAGGCGCUCGAUGGUAGCCGUGCUCAACUCUUACAGAUCAUCGCCGAGAUGAUCUCAGACGAACGAUUGUACAAGAUUGACGAGCUCGUUAGAGCAAGCUUGAACGAUGAAGCCGCACCUGCAAAGGGCGGUCUGAAUGCAGUGAAUGCUCGUGUAUACGCUGUCAAGGCAAACUACAACCGCCUUCUCGACGUCGCGCGCGAGACGUAUAAGGAGAACGUCGGAGACAUCUACGCUCUCCGUGCUCGUCUUGCCGAAGAGCACGACCUCCCGCUCACUCUUGUCUACCGUGAUUCAGAUGCGGGGUUCGUCUUCGCGCUGAAGAAGACAGACCUCAGUGACGCCGGCGGCGAGCUACCACGGGGGUUUAUAGACGUCACCGCCCAGAAGGGACGUGUGACGUUCGCCACCAUCGAACUGAAAAAACGAAAUGCGCGAAUGAAGGACGCACUGGACGAGACGCUCAUUCUCAGUGACAAGAUCAUCCAAGACCUCACCGACGACAUUGUGGUCGAUAUCGGCGCCCUCUACAAAGCGUCCGAAGCAGUUGCGCUACUCGAUGUGCUGUGGUCUUUCGCACACGCUUCCAUACUACGUAACUACGUCCGUCCCGAGUUCACCGGGACGCUCGCAAUCAAGGGCGGCAGGCAUCCCGUGCUCGAAAGCGUCCAGUCUGCAGGAGCAAUGGUUCCGAACGACGUAUACUGCUGCGAGGCGUCAUCGUUUCAAAUCGUCCAAGGACCCAACAUGUCCGGCAAGAGCACAUACCUGAAGCAAAUCGCCCUCCUCACAGUCAUGGCGAUGUGCGGCUGCUUCGUGCCAGCAGAAUACGGUUCUUUCCACAUUCAAGAUGCACUUCUGACGCGCCUGUCCAACGACGACGAUCUGGAGAAGAGUUUGAGCACGUUCGCUAACGAAAUGGCGUCUACAGCGAUGAUCCUAGGUUUGGCCACAUACGACUCGCUCGUGUUAAUCGACGAAGUCGGGCGCGGCACGUCAGUCAGGGAGGGCGUCGCCAUCUCGCAUGCCAUCGCCGAGGAGCUAAUCAGGCUGAAGCCGUUCGUAUUCUUUGCAACCCAUUUUUCUGAACUCACCACAACGCUUUCACGUCAACCUUCUGUGGUCAAUCUCCAUCUCUCGGUCCAAAAAUCACGCCCUACCGCUUCCAAGUUCGGCAUAACGUUCCACUACAAGAUCAUCGACGGCGCUCCAGAGGUGUUCGACCACUACGGUAAAGCAUCGUCUCGUUCAUCCCACUAUACGCUUGCCGUUCUCAUUCUCGUAGGUCUCGACCUCGCGAGACUCGCUGAUCUUCCUGCACCGGUCGUCACCGAAGCACGCCGCGUCGCUGAGCUCCUGACAGAGCAAGAAGAGCGGGACAUGGAACAAAGCCGGACUAGCAAGCUCGCGGUGCGCCGCAAGGCGCUCCUCAGGGUAAUCUCUCGUCGCUUUCCUCUCAUUCGCUCAUCUCUGAAGUUUUCUGGUUACUCUAAACGUCGGCAUCUGGGUCCGGGAACUGGCGCACUUGCUCUCGACCACUCGACUCUCCCGGACGAGGAGCUUGCGGCGUACCUCGCGCGAUUCCAGAAGGACAUCAUGGCGGUCCUUCAGCAAACUAUGUGA